AUGUCAGCAAAUAAUAUUAUUACAUUACUCGACACAUCAACAUGCUGGGGUGCUGCUUAUGACAUAAUGCAAUAUGGCGCUAAAGGCGAUGGCAUAACUGACGAUACCAAGGCUUUUGAGCAAGCUUGGCAAAUGUUGUGUAAUGAUGUUGAACCAGGGUCAAGUUUGACCAUUCCGUCAGUCAACACUUUCUUAGUGGGCCCAAUUAGCUUUCAAGGCCCAUGCAAAUCUCCUGAUAUCCAUUUUGAGAUAUUAGGUACGAUUAUCGCCCCUGAAGACCCUAAUUCAUGGAACGGUUGCGAAACCGGAGCAUGGAUAUUUUUUGCGAACGUUACAGGUUUAACUGUUGAUGGAGGUGGUAUGAUCAACGGUCGUGGAGCCGCAUGGUGGAUAAAAUCUCCGACCUACAUGAAAGAAGAAUUAAAAUGUUCGAUACCACCAACGGCAUUACAUUUUGAAAAUUGCAACUCGCUUCAAUUGAGGCACCUUAGUCACCGAGAUAGCCCUAGAAAUCAUAUCGGUCUUUCUAGAAGCAGUUAUUCGACUAUUUCAGAUUUAGACAUAGCUGCGCCUGCAAAUAGCCCCAACACUGAUGGCAUCGACAUCUCAACCUCAACCCAAAUACAAAUUAAAAAUUUAGUUAUUAAAACAGGUGAUGAUUGUAUAGCUCUAAAUAAUGGAGCCACUCAAAUUAAUAUUACAGACGUAAAUUGCGGUCCAGGCCAUGGUAUAAGUAUCGGAAGUUUGGGCUUAAACAAUAGUUAUGAUACAGUGGAAGGAAUCUAUAUAAAACGCUGUAACUUUACUGGGACACAAAAUGGAGCAAGAAUCAAGACAUGGCAGGGAGGUUCUGGAUACGCUAGAGACAUCACAUUUGAAAAUAUCGGACUCGAUAACGUCUUUAACCCUAUUAUAAUCGAUCAACAUUAUUGUCCCGACAGAAAUAAUUGCCCGACAGAGUCAGCGGCGGUGAAUGUCAGUAACAUAAGUUAUAAGUUUUUCCAAGGAACAUCGUCAUCUCGAAUUGCAAUAAACUUCAAUUGUAGCGACAAGAUACCAUGCUCGGGUAUUUCUUUGGAUCGGAUUAACAUAGUCUCUUCGACAAACAGAGACAAGACAGCUGCGUAUUGUAACAAUGCUUAUGGGACAAUUUCUUCUACAAAACCUAGUGUAACUUGUUUGUCACAUUAG